GACACUCCGCAGACGCUUACAACUACCCUGAAAGUAAGAGCAGGACCUUAAAAUGCCCCGUUUCUGACUCCUUUAGAACAGGGGGGGCUAAAAGAUCAUAUUUAUCCUCAACGAAGCGGAUGGAAAUCUUUUGGGAAUACAGCUUCCUCUCCUCCGCGGCUCUGGUACCCUGAACUCAGACUACAAAGGGACGGGAGGUCGGCCACUCGUUAGCAUGGAUUUAUUCUUUGCAGAGGGGGCCCGUGUCUGGCUGAGACACAAAGAGCAGCUCCUCCCCUCCACCGUCAGCUCCUGUGAUGAUUCGUCUCUGGUCCUGACCACCGACUAUGGGAAGGUGACCUACCUACAGAGGGCGGAGCUUAGCAGGGAGAUGGUGUACCCGAUGCACCCCAGCAGCAUCCAUGGCGUGGAGGACAUGUCCACGCUGGCAGAGCUGCAUGAAGCCGCCAUCAUGCACAACCUCUUCAUGCGCUAUCAGAAAGACAACAUCUAUACCAACAUUGGUUCGAUCCUGGCAGCUGUUAAUCCCUACAAACAGAUAGCAGGCCUCUAUGACGGCACUGCAGUCGACCUUUACAGCAAGCACCAGAUGGGGGAGCUGCCGCCUCAUAUCUUCGCCGUGGCCAAUGAGUGCUACCGCUGCUUGUGGAAGAGACACGACAGCCAGUGUGUCCUGAUCAGUGGAGAAAGUGGAGCAGGGAAGACGGAGAGCACCAAGCUGCUGCUGAAGUUUCUGUCUGUGAUGAGUCAAAACUCAGCAGCUACUCCUCUGUCUGAGAAAACCACCAGGGUGGAGCAGGCCCUGGUCCAGAGCAGCCCCAUCAUGGAAGCCUUUGGAAAUGCUAAAACUGUGUACAACAACAACUCCAGUCGUUUUGGAAAGUUUAUCCAGCUUCACUUUUCCCAGAACGGAAACAUCCAGGGAGGCUGCAUCAUCGACUAUUUGUUAGAAAAGAACCGUGUGGUUCGACAGAAUCCUGGAGAGAGAAACUACCACAUCUUCUACGCGCUGUUAGCCGGGGCAGACAAAGAUCACCAAGACAUGUACCUUCUGUCAGAGGGUCCUGAGUCAUAUCACUACCUGAGUCAGUCAGGCUGCGUUCAGGACAGCAGUCUGGAUGACAAGCAGCUCUUUGACAGUGUGAUGGAGGCUCUGAAAGUGAUGGAGUUCACUGAGGAGGAGAUUAGAGAUGUCUUCAAGUUGCUCUCAGCUGUCCUCCAGAUGGGAAAUAUCGAGUUCAUGACUGCAGGCGGAGCUCAGAUCACUUCUAAAGGAGUUGUCAGUAAUGUCAGUGAGCUGCUCGGCUUGGAUUCCUUCCAGCUGUCGGAGGUGUUGACCCAGCGCUCCAUGAUCCUCAGAGGGGAGGAGAUCUGCUCUCCGCUCACUGUGGAGCAGGCUGUGGACUCGAGGGACUCGGUUGCCAUGGCGCUUUAUUCUCAGUGUUUCUCCUGGAUCAUAAUGAGGAUCAACCAGAAGAUCAAAGGCAAAGACAACUUUAAGUCCAUCGGCAUCCUGGACAUCUUCGGCUUUGAGAACUUUGAAGUGAACCGCUUUGAACAGUUCAAUAUCAACUACGCCAACGAGAAACUCCAGGAGUAUUUCAACAAACACAUCUUCUCUCUGGAGCAGCUGGAGUACAACAGGGAGGGGAUCCAAUGGGAGGCCAUAGACUGGAUGGAUAAUGCUGAGUGUCUGGAUCUCAUAGAAAAGAAACUGGGCAUGUUGGCUCUUAUCAACGAGGAGAGUCGCUUCCCCAAAGGCACAGACUACACCCUUCUGGAGAAACUGCACAGCCGACACGCAACUAAUCAGUACUAUGUGAAGCCCAGAGUGAAUGACCACCAGUUUGGGAUCAAGCACUACGCUGGAGAGGUGCUUUAUGACGUGCGUGGGAUCUUAGAGAAGAACAGAGACACGUUCAGAGACGACAUCUUGUUUAUCCUCAAAGACAGCAGGCUGGACUUCAUCUACGACCUCUUUGAGCGUGUCGGCAGCAGAAGUGGAGAUGAGACCCUAAAGAUGGGAACGGCCCGACGCAAGCCCACCGUCAGCUCUCAGUUCAGGGACUCUCUCCACUCCCUGAUGGCCACACUAAGUGCCUCCAACCCUUUUUUUGUACGCUGCAUCAAACCAAACAUGGACAAGAAAGCCAACCAGUUUGAUCCUGACGUCGUCCUGAACCAGCUGAGAUACUCUGGGAUGCUGGAAACUGUGAAGAUCCGCAGGGCUGGAUUCCCUGUCCGCAGAACUUUUAAGGACUUCUUUAGCAGGUACAAGAUGAUUGCGAAGAACAGGAUCCGCACAGAUGACGAGAAAGAGAGCUGCUCCGAGCUUCUCACUAUUCAUGACAAAGCCAAGAGAGAGUGGCAACUGGGGAAGACAAAGGUGUUCCUGAAGGAGGCCCUGGAGCAAAGGCUGGAGAAGGAGAGGGAAGAGGUGCGGCGCCGGGCUGGCAUGGUGAUCCGCGCCCACAUCCUCAGCUAUGUGGCAAGGAAGCAAUACAAGCGGGUUCUGUCCAGCGUCGUCACCAUCCAGAAGAACUACCGCGCCCACUUCUGGAGGCGCAUCUUCCUGCGCCUCCGCUUCGCCGCCAUCGUCCUGCAGAAGCACCAGCGAGGGCGGCGGGCCAGGUCCCUCUUCCUGGAGCUCAAGGAGGAGAAACGGAGGCGAGAGAAGGAGGAGGAGGAGAGGAGGAUGAGAGAGGAGGAGGAGGAGAGGAGGCGAGUGGAGGAGGAGAGGAGACAGAGGGAAGAAGAGGAGAAGAGGAGGAGGGAGGAGGAGGAGGAGAGGCAGCGGCUAAUGGAGGCGGAGCUCAGGAGGAGAGAGGAGGAGCUUCGGCUAAUGAGAGAGGAGGAGGAGAAGAAAAUGGCAGCUAAGGCAGAUGAAAAAAGGACUUCCCUCAUGAAUGGAGUUUGUCAGAAGAAGGAGCUAUCCCAGACUCUCUCCCACAACCAAACCUCUGAGGAGGAGAGCCGUCAGAUGGAGGAGAUCCUGCGCCUGGAGAGGGAGAUCGAACGUUUGCAGAAGCAGCAGGAGGACGGUGUCUCUCUCCUUGGAGACGUCUCCCGUGAGGAGCUCCGCCAGAUGAGGGACGCGGAGAUCUACAGGCUGGAGAAGGAAGCGUCCCGUGUGGCGACUGAGUUCCUGGAGCUCCUGGACUUUGGUGGUUUGGAGCCAUCCCUCUCAAGCGAGGAGAACCUCCACGAUCCUACCGACUCCACUGCCCCGCUGGCCGAGGAGGAGGUGGAUGAGGGUUUCCACGCCGAAGAUGAGUGCAUUCCUCUGCCAGACUUCCCUCCUCCGGCUGUGGUCCCUCUAGAUAAGGAAGUAUUCCAGAGUAUCCCCCCUCCUCCGCCUGCUUUUGCAGAAGGACAAGUUGUGACUCCCGCCUUAGCCUCAUCUUCUGCACCAACCAAGCUCUCCCCUCUAACUCCCAAUGGGCUGAGCCAUGCCUCCUCUCUCGCUGAUUCCAGAACCUCCCGACCUCCUCUCCCUGCUGUGGUCACUAACGGAGAGAGGAGGAGGACAGGACGGACGUCAGACUUUGAGAACAAGGAGCCCACUCAGACAAACGUGCCGGACGCAGAGUCGGACUAUGACCAGGAGGAGUUUGAGGAGGCUCAUGGGAGCUCAGGUGCCAGCACAAAUGAUGGCCAUAUCACAGAUGAGGAGGUGCUGCGGAAAUCCUCCUGCACCCAAAACAGCCUGGACUCCUUCAGAGGCAGCUCAGACUCGUUCAUUGACAGCGAUGAGGACAACGACGGCUAUGUGGACACAGAUGAGGAAGUUUCCAAUGGGAGAGUGCACCUGCUGAACGGCAGCGGGCCUCCGUACUUCCAUGGCUACCUCUACAUGAAGAGUGGUCUGAUGAUCCCGUGGCGCCGUCGUUGGUGCGUCCUCAAAGACGAAACCUUCAUGUGGUUCAGAGCCAAGCAGGACUCCCUCAAAUCUGGCUGGCUUUACAAGAAAGGAGGAGGAAUGUCCACUUUGUCUCGACGCAACUGGAAGAUGCGGUGGUUCGUCCUGCGGGAGUCCAAGCUCAUGUAUUUUGAGAACGACAGCGAAGAGAAGCUGAAAGGAACCAUCGACAUCCGCACAGCCAAGGAAAUAGUGGACAAUCAUGAGAAGGAAAAUGCCCUUAACAUUGUAACAGAGGAGAGGACUUAUCACAUCUAUGCAGAGUCUCCAGAAGACGCCAGCGGUUGGUUCAAUGUGCUGAGUCGGGUCCACAGUGCCAGCCCGGAGCAGCUCGUGGAGAUGCACCACGAACAGGCCAACCCCAAGAAUGCAGUGGGCACACUAGAUGUUGGCUUAAUUGAUUCAGUUUGUGCAUCAGACAACCCUGACAGGCCAAACUCGUUUGUGAUUAUCACGGCUAACCGUGUGAUCCACUGCAACACCGACACACCUGAGGAGAUGCACCACUGGAUCGGCCUGCUGCAGAAAUCCAAGGGAGACUCCAGGGUGGACGGGCAGGAGUUCAUCGUCAGAGGCUGGCUCCAUAAAGAGAUGAAGACCGGACCCAAAAGCACGUCUCUGAAGCUGAAGAAGCGCUGGUUCGUCCUCACCACUAACUCUCUGGACUAUUACAAGUCCUCAGAGCGCAGCGCCUCCAAACUGGGAACACUGGUCCUCAACAGUCUGUGCUCUGUGGUGCAGCCAGAUGAGAAGGUCUUCAAGGACACUGGUUACUGGAACAUAAUCAUCCAUGGACGGAAACACUCGUACCGCCUUUACACCAAAAUGUUGAAUGAAGCCAUGAGGUGGGCCAACGCCAUACAGGGAGCAAUAGACAGCAAAGUUCCCAUUGAAACGCCAACACAACAGCUUAUCAGGGACAUCAAGGAGAGCAGUUUGAAUGUGGAGGCUGUGGAGCAGACGUACUGGAGGAACCCCAUCCUGAGAUAUACCCAGCAUCCUUUGCACUCCCCUCUUCUACCUCUGCCCUACGGGGAUGUCAGCAUCCACUUGCAAAAGGAAAAGGGUUACACCAGCCUGCAGGAUGAGGCUGUGAAGAUCUUCAACUCCCUGCAGGAGAUGGAGGCGGUGUCGGACCCCGUGCCAAUCAUCCAGGGAAUCCUGCAGACCUGUCAGGACCUGAGGUCUUUAAGAGACGAGGUUUACUGCCAGCUGAUCAAACAAACCAAUCACGUCCCGCACCCCAACAGCCCUGCCAACCGCGCCCACUGGCACCUCCUGACCUGUAUGAGCUGCACCUUCCUGCCCAGCCGAGGCAUCCUACGCUACCUCAAGUUUCACCUCAAAAGGAUCAGGGAUUUGUUCCCCUGCACUGAGAUUGAAAUGUAUGCCCAUUUCAUCGGCGAGUCUCUGAAGAAGACCAAGACCAGAGAGUUUGUUCCCUCUCAGGAGGAAAUCAUGGCACUGCUCUCCAGACAGGAGAUGACCACCACAGUGUACUGCCAUGGAGGAGGCUCCUGCAGGAUCUCCAUUAACUCACACACCACUGCUGGAGAGGUGGUGGAGAAACUGAUCAGGGGUUUGGCAAUGGAGGACAGCAGGAACAUGUUUGCACUCUUUGAACACAACAACACUAUUGACAGAGCCGUGGAGAGCAGGGUGCUAGUGGCUGAUGUUUUGGCUAAAUUUGAGAGAUUGGCCGGCAGUGACGAUGCUGAGGAUGAAGGCCAGUGGAAGCUCUAUUUUAAGCUCUACUGCUUUCUGGAUGUGGAGAGCAUGCCUAAGGAAGGAGUGGAGUUUGCAUUCAUGUUUGAGCAGGCCCAUGAGAGUUUGACCCGAGGACACUUCCCCUCCCGAGAGGAGACCCUGCAGCACCUGGCUGCUCUGCGUCUUCAGUUCCUCUACGGAGACAAAGCGCGGGUCACCUGGGGUCUGGAGAACGUCUACCCCGUGGGCCGCCUGCGCUCUCGCAUCCUCCAGUUUACGAAAGUAGGCGGGGCCUCAGGGUCAGGCCAGACUCUCGAGAGGAGGAGGACCAGCUUCUUGGACGGGACGCUGCGGCGGGGGCUGAAGACGGGCUCUAUGAAGAAGCAGCGCAUGGAGGAGGAGCAGAUGCUGGAGAUGUGGAUAAAAGAGGAGACGUCUGCCACCAGAGCGAGCAUCGUGGAGAAGUGGUCCCGCCUUAAAGGUCUGGAUCAGCAUCAGGCCAUGCUCAAAUACAUGACCAUCAUCAAGGAGUGGCCUGGAUAUGGAUCCACUCUGUUUGAUGUAGAGUGCAGGGAAGGAGGCUUCCCUCAUGAUCUGUGGUUGAGUGUGAGCGCUGAAAAUGUGUCCGUCUACAAGAGAGGAGAGCCAAAGCCUCUGGACACGUUCCCGUACGAACACAUCAUUUUCUUUGGCGCUCCGCAGCCGUGCACCUUCAAGAUCACUGUGGAUGAGAGAGAAAUGUUCUUUGAAACACCACAGGUUGGAGAGAUCACAAAGAUCAUGAAAGCCUACAUCAACAUGAUUGUGAAGAAACGCUGCAGUGUGAAGUCUGUGUCUAGUUACGGAGCUAGCUGGAUCAGGUGAUGGGCGCUACAGCACUCAUGAUGAACUCAACUACGGUCCACAGGGACAAAAAUAAGAAACAAGCAUGUGGACGUGUGGACUUCUUACAGCGAAGUGGGAACUCUGAUGCAUCUGAAACCAUUUAAAGCUUUUAAAGUGUCCCUUCCCUUCAACAAUGUUUGCAUUAGUUACACUGGUCAUGUCUCAUAACUUACUUGAAAUGUGCUUCAGGUAUCUUCUAUGCUUUUUUAUUUUUAAUAUCAGGAAAAACAUUUUACAUGUCUCGAUUCAAAAAGACACCCACAUCUGAAAAAGAGCUUUUGAACUUCCCACACUGAAAGCCAUUGCUUUUGUUGAAGAUGGAUCCAAAAUAUAUGCUUUAAUUUUUUCACCCCCCCAUUGUAAUGAAUGUUCUCCUGAUUGGAGAUUCCCUCAGGUUAAUAAUAACUGUCACAGGGAGAUUGUCUCUCGAAUCUUGCCUUAUUCAAAUGUUUAUUUUCGCUCCUCUGGACUAACACACUCCAGUGCAGAUGCUGCCUUUCACGUGUUGAAUACACACUUUGUCGGGACUUGCAGCUUCUGCUGGUGCCAUUCAUCUGGUGCGCUCUUAUUAAAAAGAGAAACACCUGCCUCUUAGAAGUCAAAUAAAUGCAAACAAAGAUGUUAAUAACCACUGCAUUAGUGAAACAUCCUAGAACACGUACGUUAUGUAGAGCUGUUAGUGUGCUAACUUUGUUUGAUUGUUUUUGUAACCGAUGAUCGAGGAUGUGUUAGUAGAAACGAGCAGGAUAUGUUUGUCUGAAGAUUGUGUUACUGUGAAGUGACGACCAUGUGAGGGCGGGGUAUUUAUUUAUUGAAGCAGACUGAGAUGAACAGCCUGCUGGAAGUGUAUUGAUGCUGUUUUCUGAGUGUUUUUCCUCAUUUGUGCAGAAAUUUAAAUCCGCUGUUUAUAAGUUACUGUUCUCUUUAUUUUAUGCCCUGCUUUUUCAACAUACAGUGUGUCGAGCCCAACACCAAAACUUGCCAAUUCCCUUUACAAUAUCGCUCUUGUCAGUGUAAAUAUCCAGGAAAGGACUCAACACCAGUCACCUGAUAGUAUAGUUCAUGACAUAAUGAUCUUAGCGUUUACCUCACAUCGCAUCACUGUCUUCCAUUGCUUUUCAAUCAGACUCACUAAGGCAACCUGGUCAGCUGCCGGCGGCCACACCAGAGACUGACGUUGCCAUGACGAUGACUGUAUUUCUGAAACUUCUGAUUGUUUUGUCAAAGAAAAAUCAGACAAUGUUUUAUAACAAAAUUUAAAGAUGCUUUAAUAAAUUAUUG